AUGGCCACUGCAAGAGCUCUAGCCACCAUGGCAGUUUUCCUCCUGGUGGCCCUCUCCACCUCCCACAUCGCGUCCUCGCUCCGCCCAGGUCUCGGUGUGUGCCGUGCAAGUGGCUACCUUCCAGAAAAGUCAGGCAACUGUGAGAAGAGCAACGACCCCGACUGCUGCGAGGAUGGCAAGAGCACCAAGGCCGUCUUGACGCUCAACAGCUUCGAGAAGGGCAAGGACGGCGGCGGUCCGUCCGAGUGUGACAAUUCCUACCACAGCGAUAAGGAGAUGGUCGUUGCGCUCUCCACCGGCUGGUUCAAGAACAUGGCCCGUUGCGGGCACCGCAUCAAGAUCAGCGCCAAUGGCAAGUCUGUGUAUGCCAAGGUGGUGGACGAGUGUGACUCCGUCUAUGGCUGCGACGAAGACCACAACUACGAGCCCCCGUGUGCUAACAACAUCGUUGACGCCUCUCCUGCGGUGUGGAAUGCCUUGGGGCUCGACCAGAACGUCGGCAUGGAGGGCAUCACCUGGUCCGAUGAGUGA